GCAACAUAAAAUUUGUGUUCUCACAAUCCAAGAUUUCUAUCGUAAAACAUGACUCGAACUGCAAGCAUUAGUGUAGUGGUAGUGCUGGUAAUGCUUACCGUCACUCUGACAGUCGUAGUGAAAGCUGACGAUGUAACGUUCUACUUAUUCACCAAAGAAAAUCCAAAUUUUUACGAAUAUAUCCAACUCGACCAAAGUAACAUUGAGCAAAAUCUACAUGACAAUGCCAGGACAGUACUCUUAAUACAUGGGUGGUCCGAAAACCGUACAGCCGACUGGUUUGAAGACUUGAAAAAUGCCUUUUUGUCAAGAACAGAUAUCAUCUACAACGUCAUACAUGUCGAUUAUAACAAAGUGGCAUCAGAAUUGUACCCAAUAGCCGUCAAAAGAAGUGUUGGAGUUGGAAAUCAAAUAGGAAAAUUUAUUAUUGCCAUGUUGAAAACCGUUUCUUUAUCAAAUAUUGAAAUAUGUGGCCAUUCACUUGGGGGUCAAAUUGCCGGAUACGCCGGUCAGUAUAUUUUCCGAAAAACCGGCUACAGAAUUCCAARAAUAACAGCCUUGGAUCCAGCAGGACCUCUUUUUGAAGGAAUUUUUAACAUAAAUAGAAAACAUUUAGAUAGAAAUGAUGCUGAGGUCGUAUUCGUGAUACAUUCAGAUCGUGGAAAAUUCGGGUUUAGUAAUGCUUGUGGUACUGUGGACGUUUUUCCCAAUAACGGGGUGGCAAUUCAACCUGGAUGUCCAGAUUUUUCCCAAAACGACAUUCUCUUUUGCAGUCACCACAUGAGCUACAGAUUUUAUAUCCAAGCAGUGGCACAGCCACAAAGUCUUUUGGCAAUUCRAUGUAAAAAUUACGAUUCCUUUCAAAGAAAAGAUUGCGAACAGAGUAGAAUUAUUGAUCUCGGAGGUGAAAUUAAUCCCGUCGAUCGAGGAACGUAUUUUUUAAAAACGCAACCAGAACCACCAUACCGAUUAGAGCCUUAAAUUUAUUUUAAUUUACUUUAUUUUAUGAUUUUUAUCUAAUAACAAAGUUAUGAUAAAAUUCGUUUUCUUAUUCCCAGCACGUCUCAAGUAUUUUCAACAUGAUGUUCCAAACCGCCGAUGAUAAUAACAAUCCACAAGACCCUAAA